UACGCUCAUGCAUGGCGACCUUAGUUCAACUCGUUUUUGCGGUGUGAGCCGUAUGUGUGUAUGGUUGCAACGCUCAUGGAGGCAAUGUUAUUCAAAGAGAAAUCAAGAGGGAAAGUUUGGCUGAUCCAUUUCCUAGUCCGAUGUUUUGCCGUGGCAGCUACCAUUUUGCUCCUGACAGAUGGGAGCCAUGCUCAUGCCGAUGGUGUAGAGAUGCUCGGCAACGAUGUCGAUGCGCCGCCCCCUGUCCAAAGAACAGAUGUAAACAGCAGCGAGGCGAUCCUCCGGGACGACCAGUGGCGGAUGGUCAAGACCAGGGGCAGCCAGUUCGUCAUCGGCGACCGGCCGUUCUACGUGAACGGCUUCAACGCGUACUGGCUGAUGAUCCUCGCUGCCGACCCGUCAACCAGGGGGAGGGUGACCGAGGUCUUCCAGCAAGCGGCGGCGGUGGGCCUCACGGUGUGCCGCACCUGGGGCUUCAACGAUGGUGGCUGGAGGGCGCUUCAGAAGUCACCUGCUGUCUAUGACGAGGAUGUCUUCAAGGCGUUGGAUUUCGUAGUGAGCGAGGCAAGGAAGUACAGGAUGAGGCUGAUACUGUCGCUGAUCAACAACUGGGACGGCUACGGCGGCAAGGCGCAGUACGUGAAAUGGGCCAGGGACGCCGGCCUCAACCUCACCUCCGACGAUGACUUCUUCUCCGACCAAACCGUAAAGGGCUACUUCAAGAACCACGUCAAGAACAUGCUGACGAGGGUGAACACGUACACGAACGUGACGUACAAGGAUGACCCAACCAUCUUCGCCUGGGAGCUCAUGAAUGAACAGCGCUGCACGUCGGAUCCAACCGGAAACAAGCUGCAGGCGUGGAUCCAAGAGAUGGCUUUCCAUGUGAAGUCCAUCGAUCCGGAUCACCUGCUGGAGGUCGGCGCUGAGGGCUUCUACGGCCCCUCGUCACCGGCACGGCUUCAGGCCAACCCGAACACCUACGCCGGCCAGGUCGGCACGGACUUCAUCCGCAACCACCGAGUCCUGGGCGUCGACUUCGCCUCCGUUCACAUCUACCCGGACACCUGGAUGUCGGGCGCGAGUGUGGAGGCACAGCUCAAGUUUGCGCAGUCGUGGAUGCAGGCGCACAUCGCCGACGCCGAGGGCGCGCUCGGCAUGCCGGUGGUGUUCACGGAGUUCGGGGUGUCCACCAAGGCCCGGAGCGCCUUCAACGCGACGUCGAGGGACCAGUUCAUCCAGGCGGUGUACGGGUUGCUCCUGGACUCGACGCGCCGUGGCGGCGCCGGAGCGGGGGCCCUGCUCUGGCAGGUGUUCCCGGAGGGGACGGAAUACAUGGACGACGGCUACGGUGUUGUGCUGCCCAAAGCGAAGGCCACCGCGGGGAUCAUGUCAGCGCAUUCCAAGAGGCUGGUGGUCUUCAACUCCAGGUGCGCGUGGAGCUGCCGCUGGGGGUGCAGGAAGGAGGAGGAGCAGUCGGAGACUCGGAGGAUGUUGAUGACCUGAUCCUGUUCCACGAUGAGCUGUUAACUUAGGAUGUUCCUAUGUUUGGCUAGUUGAAUACUACGCCCAUAACUUCAUCAUGAACUUAA